AGAUUGGACAGUGUACACAGUGCAUUCACCAGUUACUUUGGCGGCCGUCUGAGCUUAGCUCCUCUUCAAGGUGCAUCUGUCAAGAGAGUGCUCGAGCUUGGGUCUGGGAGUGGUGCAUGGGCAAUCGAGGCUAGUCGACUCUUCCCGCAAGCCGAAGUAGUGGCCGUUGAUUUAUUCCCAAUACCGGAUCGCACGGUACCAUCAAAUCUACGCUUCCUUCAACACGAUCUCACCCAGCCGCUUCCCUUUGCGAAAGAAAGCUUCGAUGUCAUACAUGCUCGAUUGAUCAUGAUACAUCUUCCGGACGUAGAGAAAGUCCUUGAGCGCACAAUCGAACUGCUAAAACCGGGGGGGUGGCUGCUCAUAGAGGAUCCUGAUGAAGAUGCUCAUGACACAGAUCGCGGAUGUCGAACCCUGGUGCAGAACUGCCCCCUAGUUCGACUGUUACAGGAUAUCAUGCGCUCGAAGGGCGCAGACCCAUGUGUAGCGCGAAGAUUGGAGACACUCAUACAAUCGUCGGAACAGUUCGACGAAGUGAACGUGCGAAGAGUCAUCGUUCCGAUGUGCGGUCAAGAUGUCGCGCCGGCGGAGAACGCAUUGGGCAAGGUAUGGAGGGCCACAUACAAAGUCACAGCCGCGGACUUGGCAGCUCGAUAUUCAGAGCAUGGCAUCACGCCGGAGGUGUUCAAGCAAUUCAGCGACAUGCUGAAUUGUCCUGAUGCUGGCUUGAUAAGCGAUCUCUACUUUACAUGGUCGAAGAAGCGAUGCGAUAGGGACGAGAGAACGGUUUAG